AUGCCGGCCAAUGGCGAGGCGGCGGAGGGCCCGCCACCUGUCCGCGGCGAGGGCGGGCGGCGGCGGGGAGGCGUCGCACUCCAUGGUAACGACGCCGGCCCGAAGAUGGCGGCCGCUGGGGCUGGAGGCGCGGGCGGCCCGGGAGCAGGGCCGCGGGGCCGCUGGGCCGGCUGCCUGUGGGUGCGAGGCGUCCUGCUCGUGCUGGGCGGGCUCCCGGCCGGCGCCGCGGCUGCUCCGGUCUCCCUGAGCACUUCGCCGCCCUGUCGGCAUCACGUCCCUGCGGACACUGAGGUCAUAAACAAGGUUCAUCUUAAGACAAGUCAUGUCGUAAAGAGAGAGGCUGAUGGGCAUCUGCGAAUCAAGACUGUCUAUGAUCAGAGUAUCGAAGAGCUGCUUCCUGAGAAAAGAUACCUUGUAAAGAACAAACUUUUCCCGCAAGCUAUUUCUUACUUAGAGAAAACAUUUCAGGUUCGUCGACCUGCCGGCAGGAUCUUACUGAGCAGGCAAUGUGCAACAAACCAGUACCUGCGGAAGGAAAAUGAUCCACACAGAUACUGUACUGGGGAGUGUGCGGUGCAUACCAAGUGUGGCCCCGUUAUAGUGCCCGAGGAGCAUCUCCAGCAAUGCAGGGUCUGCCGAGAGGGUCAGUGGCCCUGCGGAGCCGUGGGUGCUCUGGACCACAAGGGCGUCCAGGAUGCAGACUUCGUUCUCUACGUUGGCGCUCUGGCCACUGAGAGAUGCAGCCAUGAGAACAUCAUCUCUUAUGCAGCCUAUUGUCAGCAGGAGGCAAAAAUGGACAGGCCGAUAGCAGGAUAUGCUAACCUGUGUCCAAAUAUGAUCUCCACCCAACCGCAAGAGUUCAUUGGGAUGCUGUCCACAGUGAAACAUGAGAUCAUUCAUGCCCUGGGCUUCUCUGCUGGGCUUUUUGCAUUCUACCACGACCAGGAUGGGACUCCCCUGACAUCACGGUCUGCAGACGGCCUCCCGCCUUUCAACUAUAGUCUUGGAUUGUAUCAGUGGAGUGAUAAAGUAGUUCGGAAAGUGGAGAGAUUGUGGAAUGUGCGAAACAAUCAGAUAGUUCGCCACACGGUGUAUCUCCUAGUGACACCCCGGGUUGUUGAAGAAGCACGGAAGCAUUUUAACUGUCCGGCUCUAGAGGGGAUGGAGCUUGAAAAUCAAGGCGGCAUGGGCACUGAGCUCAACCACUGGGAGAAGCGGUUACUAGAGAAUGAAGCCAUGACCGGUUCUCACACCCAGAACCGAGUGCUCUCUCGAAUCACUCUGGCGUUGAUGGAGGACACUGGCUGGUACAAAGCAAAUUACAGCAUGGCUGAGAAACUGGACUGGGGCCGCGGGAUGGGCUGUGAAUUUGCCAGGAAGAGCUGCAAGUUCUGGAUUGACCAGCAGAGGCAGAAGAGGCAGGUGCCGAGCCCAUACUGUGACACGCUCAGGAGUAACCCACUACAGUUGACGUGCAGACAGGACCAGAGAGCCGUUGCUGUGUGUAACCUGCAGAGGUUCCCUAACCCUCUACCUCUAGAGUACCAGUACUUCGAUGAGCUCAGUGGAAUAUCCGCAGAGGAUUUGCCCUACUAUGGCGGGUCAGUAGAAAUCGCGGACUAUUGCCCUUUCAGUCAGGAAUUCAGCUGGCAUUUAAGUGGUGAAUACCAGCGCAGCUCCGACUGUAGAAUACUGGAAAAUCAACCAGAAAUGUUUAAAAACUACGGUGCGGAGAAGUAUGGCCCCCACUCGGUCUGUCUGCUUCAGAAGUCAGCGUUUGUCAUGGAGCAGUGUGAGAGGAAGCUCAGUUACCCAGACUGGGGGAGCGGAUGCUACCAGGUUUCCUGUUCUCCUCAAGGUCUGAAGGUUUGGGUUCAAGACACUUCCUAUCUGUGUAGCCGGGCUGGGCAGGUCCUCCCUGUCCGCAUUCAGAUGAACGGCUGGAUUCACAAUGGAAACCUGCUCUGCCCCUCCUGCUGGGACUUCUGUGAGCAGUGUCCACCGGAAACUGACCCUCCAGCCGCUAACCUGACCCGAGCCCUUCCUCUGGACCUCUGCUCCUGUUCUUCUAGCUUGGUGGUCACACUCUGGCUCCUCCUCGGCAAUCUGUUUCCUCUGCUGGCUGGAUUUCUUCUGUGUGUGUGGCACUAGGGAUGGAGAACUGAAUUCUCGAGAUGACAGCUUUGGCGUGUUCCCGUGAGCAAAGCACAAAGCCUGGGGGAGUGCCAGCCCAUGCAGGCGACGCAGAUGGCAGAGCUGGCGUCCCUGACUCUGGCUUCGAAGUGCUGGCCGCAGAAGGACUGAAGCGUAGCUCCACAGCAGUCCCUCAUCAGCCACACAGCCGCCUCCGAGCUUGAAGAGGAAUUGCGAGUGCCCAAGGCUCCUUAGUGUAUGGAUCUGCAGUCCCCUGACAGUGAGUUCUCCUUUGGAUUCAGGGCGGAUGGUGGGAUUUGCCAUGAUUACAUACCUCAGCAUUUGCUUUAACCGAGAAAGUUCGUGAGCAUCAAGGUCACUCACAGAGCAGCUGACCGACCACUCCAGAGUUUAAGUUGAGGAUCCCAUCCUCCAAAGUACAAAAAUGGUCAUUGGGAUUUCGGAUUUCCUGUCACCAUUGCACAGGUUUUAGAUGAAACCUGGACACGAUCAUCAUGCUUCUUGACGGUUCCGUUUUGCUAGCGCUUCUGACUUGACCGUGUUUGCCUUUCCUGCCAGCUGUGUGGCCCGUUCACGACAGCU